AUGAAGUUUUUGCAAGGACUGUUAGCACUCUCUCCGCUCACUCUGCUUGAUAGCAACCUGAGAGAAACACAUGGACCGCAUUCGUCUGUUGCUCCCGCCCUGAACACACCGAACGCUGCAAUGUCUCUGUCAUCCCUUCUGGGAACCUGGGCCAACCUACCAGAGCACUGCACGCCUAACAGCCAAUACCUCGUCAACUUCUCCUCCGCUUUCCACUCUUGCGUACCCACAUCCCCCGCCUUUCUAUCCACGGCCCUCGGCAUCUUCAGCAUCAUAUCAUGGCUCUUCGCCCAGAUGCCCCAGAUCUACAAGAACUAUCAACUACAAUCUGCCUCGGGACUGUCUAUAUAUUUUUUGGGUGAAUGGCUACUGGGGGACUUGGCGAACUUGCUGGGUGCCAUUUUGACAAGGCAAGCCGGUUGGCAGGUGGUUGUGGCAGGCUACUACGUCUUCGUGGAUAUUGGGCUGGUCUCUCAAUACUUUUGGUAUACCCAUCUGAAGUCGUCGAGGAAAGGGAGACUUUUGGGAUAUGGUUCGGAGACCCACGGACCGGACGGUGGCUCGGGAGAGGUUCUAGUCGGUGUUUCGCCGUCUGUUGAAAGUUCGACGGAAAGCGCACACACGGAAGACAGAAAACCUGACACAAAAGCCUUAGAUACACCCGCUAAGCCCCAAGGUAUUCAAGGUCCGCCGCGAGACAUCAGCUCUUCUUUCUCCAAAGAAAAGGAUACAAUGGGCUCUUUCAACCGAACCAUCAAGCGUCAGGGCACUCCUUCUUUUGGUCCUUCACCGAGAGCACUGCUACUGAUUUCGAUGCUCUGCGUCGUUUUGACAAAUGCUUCUCCGCUGCAUGCACAAAUCAAGGACGAAUCAUCUACAGUUUCCUCGCCAGAAUUGGCAGGCCGUAUAUUCUCAUGGUGCUCCACCGUCCUCUACCUCGGCUCCCGCCUUCCCCAAAUCUACAAAAACGCACUUCGCCGCUCCACCGCUGGCCUCUCGCCAACCCUGUUCAUCGCUGCCUUUUUCGGGAAUCUUUUCUACAGCGCCUCUCUGCUCACCAAUCCUCUUGCUUGGGAGUCGUAUCGGCCAUACGGCCUGCACGGCUGGGUCGGUCCGGAAGGUAGUGACAGGGCUACAUGGGUAGCUCUGGCUGCACCCUUCUGGCUUGGCGCCGCUGGCGUUUUGGCACUCGAUGCGACCAUAGGUAUACAAUUCUUGAUAUUCGGCGAGGGCGGUCUGGAGAAGUCUGUCCUGACUCAAGACCGCGAAGGCAGAAGUCGAUGGCGAAGGGUAAGUGGUUGGAUGAGAGGAUGGGUGCCUAGUCCAAGUCCUCCUGCUAGCGAAGAUGUGGAUGAGGGCGAAGGAAGACGGCUGCUUGGCCAAAGGGAGAGUCGCGGUAGUAGCUACGGCGCUGCUUAA